AUCAAAUAAAGGAAAGACGAAUGGGUGAGAUAGAAAACACAAUCUCUCUCUAUCUCACUCCUAUCCAAAAAAUUUUCCUUUUUUUCAAUUGCUCUCUCUAGAUGUUUUGACCGAUCGAGUCUGACAUUGGCAAAAGCCAAAAGUAAAGUAUAAUCAAGAUCUAAAUAAAAAUAAAAAUAAAAAUAUCCACUUUUACCAAACAGUACGAAAUUGAAUAUUGUAAAAUUUGAAGGGCAGAGAGACAGUGGUUUUAGGAAAUCAAAAAUCUCAGCUCGUUUGCAGCACCUAGUAUUAGUUGGGAAAUCAAAAAAAGAAAACCCAGGUGUUUUUUUAUUGUCUGUCUGGCAGUUGGUGAUUUUUUUCUUUUUGUUUAUCUUUUUUUUAGAGGGGUUUUUCCUAGUUUCCUUUAUAGUUUAGUUUCCUUCUCGAGAAAAUUCUUGGUAUUUUCUAGGAAAGUUAUUUUUUUUAACAGGAAUCUGAGAAAAACACUAACAACCCAACUUUUGUUUCUGCCUAUCUUGAUUUUUUUUGUUGGUAUCCUCAAGUCCUAUCUUUGACGUAAUCCAUUCAAUCCUCCCCAUCAUCAUCAGAAUACCAGAACUUUUAAAAACACCCACAAAAAAAAAAAAGAAAAAGGAAAAGCCAACAAUAUUGAAUUAAUAGUUUCGAGGCCUUGAUUUUGAUCCUCUAUGAGAAAUAUCGAUUUCUGUUGGAAUCCGAUUCUUUUGAUCUGAAUUGGAUUGAAUUUUUGGUUUUGUUUUGGCAAAUAAGGGGAAAAAAAAAGAUGGCGAUGAAACGUUCGGCAUUAGAGCAGUGGAGGGAUUAUUUCCGGACAGCAAAUUUAGACAUAUUUGAUGUAAUCGAUCAUGCAAUUACGGUGGCAGCUUUGGAUUGUCCUAAAGAGUUCAGAUUACGUAGAGAUCAGAUUGCUGAGAAACUCUUUACUUGUAAAUUCACUCGCUGUUCUGGUUGCGACCGUGUCGAGUUGGUGCUCCCUGAAUAUGAAGAUGAAAACGGUGAAGGCUGCCGGGCUAGUUUUAAAAGAGAAACUGAUGAAGAAGAUGGAUGUGAGUUUUUCGAGGCAGGUGGUAGCAAAGAGAGCAAGGCUAAUGGUAGCAGAGAUGAUCCUUUGAUGAAUCAAAUUGCUAGUAAUUAUAGCUAUGGAGAGGCUGAGGCUUUGACUGAUGAAAUUGAAGAAGAGUCUAUGAUUGUUGGGGAAGUGUUCAGGAUCAAAGAGAUUCUUCACAAUAGUCAAGAUGAGCCUGAUUCUGUAUUGUUUGAAUCAUUGAGGAGACUUCAAUUAAUGGCUUUGACCGUGGAUAUCCUCAAGACAACUGGGAUUGGAAAGGCUGUUAAUCGUGUCAGAAAGCAUUCAUCAAAAGAGAUUCGUCAUCUCGCUCAAACUCUCAUCGAUGGGUGGAAGGAAUUGGUGGAUGAGUGGGUUAGUGCUACAAAGGCUAUUGCUGAGGGUACUCCAGAAUCUGUGAAUCCAUCUGUUGUUGAUGAAGAAGAAGUAGAAGAAGAAGAAGAAGAAGAAGAAGAAGGGCUUCCAUCUCCUCCUUUAGAUAUUGGAGCUUUCUUUGCUACUCAACCGACAUCAAUGGAGCUCUCACAGUUUUUUGACGGCAUGGAUGAUGAUGGAAAUCCUCGAAGCAGUGGGGAAUUCAUCAAGAGCAGGGAUAACGGAAGAAAACCUUCGCAGGAGAACCAAAAAUUUUCAAAACAGAAACAGCAGACUUCAAGCGAAGCAAAUCUGCGCACCAAGGAUGACAAGAGUCAACAAAUAAAGAGACAAGAACCUGUUGCAAAGCCUAAUAACAAGCCCUCAAGCACAAAUAUUGGCUCUGGGAGACCUCCAAAAUAUAAUAUGGAGCAAAAGGUCAACAAUGAAUCAAAGUUGCUGCAGAAAUCAGAUAAGAUGGCUGUCCCCAAGAAGCCACUCAGCAGCCAACAAGAUAAAUUCAAGACUUCAGAUGAAUUAGCCGUCCAGCGAAAGCUUGAGGCCACGAAAAGGAAGCUUCAAGAGCGAUAUCAACAGGCUGAGAAUGCCAAGAGGAAGCGGACGAUCCAGGUCAUGGAAUUGCAUGACCUCCCUAAGCAAGGGUCUGGCUACAAAAACCCAUAUUUGAAACCCGGGAACCAUAAUCGGCACUGGGUAAAUGGAAGGAGAUAGUCCCUCUGGACUGGAAGACUGAUGUAGAUAGCCUUACAAGUUUCUUCCAUUUUGCAAAUUGGGUGGAAGAAUAGCAAGAACAAACUGGUGCACAGCAACCUGAGCCACUUCAGCAAUCUAUAAUAAGAAUUCUUUUCAGCGAUGAUCAUGCUACAAAGCUACAGUGGGACAUUCUCAAAGUAGAUAGAAACAAACUUUUGAGUCUUGUCCUCCUACAUUUUGUAACUUUGAGGUAUAGGAACUUAUCUUUUACUUCUUAGAUAGGAAUUAUUGGAUGGGUAAGUCACACAACUGGAGACUGAAUUCUUGAAUCAAUACUAUAUCUGUAUAGAACCCUGGUUUUUGACCCAUCCAUUUGAUUGACAUCGCAGCAUUCUUUUACCGGACACCUGAAUUUACUUGGAAUAAGUUCUUUUUAAUGAAAUGAUGAUUCUGAUCAGUUUCUGAGCUCUGUUGUUCUUUUUUCAAGUGGAAAAAACACACACACACACAAAACUCUCUUAACUACAGUCCAUGGAAAGGUGUAAGCUCUUUAGAAAUGAUGUAAAAUCUUGAAUUUUAAUGUUAUGUGGGAAAAUUUGACUGUCAAUUUCCCUCUACUUUCCUGUUAGGUUAUAAGACCUGUUUUCAUUCCUGUGAUGGUAGCUCUCCUUUGUUCCAAAAUGACCUUCACCAAUCACCAACCAUGGUGAGGUUAAGUUCUAAUUGCAAAUCCCUUGUAGGGGUUAUCUUUGACUUGUUGCUGCUGUGGUCUUUCCAAGUUCGUAAUAAGAUAAAUGUCAAUAUAACGUAUCACGUUUUGCAACAAUGUAUCAAGAUAAAAAUAGAAUAUAAGACAAUAAGUUAGUACAUAACAGCCAAAUUAAAGAGAAAAAUAUUGCUUUAUUUUCUCAAGAAUAAAUAGCCAUAAAAAAAUAGAAUAAAAAAUGAGAGAUUGCAAUGGGUAUUUUAUAUAUGGG